UUGUUAUGCGUGACAUGACAUAGACACGCACAACGUAAGUAACUUUAAAAAGUUGUUAUACCAUAAAAAGGGUAUGGUUUAUGGUUUAAGAAUUUAUUUCUCCAAAAGAAUAUUACAAUUCACUUACAUAGAGAAGUACAAACAAUCAUAAUAUACAUUAUCUACGUAUUGUUUAUACAACCAUAAAAUUUAAUGAAUUACCUUUUAGAGAGAAUAAUUUAAAGAGAGUUCUGAGUUUUAGUCUGAGUAACAAAUCUAUUAAUAAAGUACCUUUGUAGGCAAUGGAUCCUCUUUCGCCCUGUUCGAACACAUAUUCACUUUUGUCAUCGAAAGAAACAAAAGGUUAGGGGUAGGUAGGGGAGGCUGAAAGCAGAUGAUUAAGGUAGUAAAUGAGUUUUUAAACGAUGAGGAUAAACGCACAAAGUCUAACGCAGAUGGCACAUUGAUAAUUAAACGUCAUUAGAUAUGCCUAAUCUAAAUAAACAUAAACCAUACGUAAUAGUUCGUGUCGUGAGCAUUUUUAUUUAUUCUGUGGCAUUGUAACUUCAUUUGUGUUCCAGGAAAAACAGUGUUUCAAAUUUAUGUACAUUGUAGGGAAAAUUUAUAUGCUAGCAACAUUAUUAAGUUUAGUUCGAAACCGAACAAAAAUACUUUGGUAACGACUUAAUAAUUGGUCAGAUAAACUGGUUUUCUUGUAAUAAUUGGUUAUUGUUACAAUAGUUGCUACACAGUAAUAAAACGUAUUUGAAUAGUAGAAGAUUCCUGAGCUUUUUUGAUUUUUAUACACGAAGUUCAGGUUAUUAAAUAUAAAUAAAAUACGUGAAUCGGGACGCAAUUUGAACCAAACCCGGGGCCUUAUGACAGAAUUUGAAACAUGUCAUUAAUAAUCAAAAUUUAAUAGUAGUGAUUUAUUUUACAAUAAAAUAUGAAAAAUAAGGAAGAGAAUUGGAAAUGAACGAACAAAAGACCAAGAAGACCAAUAGUAUUUUCCAGCACACACCGCAAGCCCCGCAUCGGCGGGUAUCGUUCUCCAAACCGUCCAAGUUCUCCAAGUCACCGUCUACUUGGCAGUUGACCAAGGGCUCUACGCAUGGAGCUACAGAGAAAUCAACUCCAGUGCCUCGUGUCAUUUCUUUUUCUCGGCCUUCUAAAUCUUCCUUGAAGCAAGGAUCACAUAACAAAACCAUAGGAGUAUGCACAAGAAACAAAAACGAGAUGCGACAUCCUCGACGGCGACAGACGCUCGUUUACGCUCGCAGGACCCGACGCCUACGCACCUCAAAUAUGGCACGUUCCGCAGGCCCGCCUCCUGACGCGGCCCCUCCCCCACAGUCCCCGCUCCGGCGGCCCGCGCGACGCGUGCGCCUCUCCCGAACAGAACCUAUUCAUCUCGACAUCAAGCCGAAGAGAUUCCCAUCUAUGUUGUGGUGCUAAAUAUAGAUCUUAAAGUAACUCUUUACAGAUUUUGCAGUGUGCCACUGAAAAUAUAUUUUUCUGCCCUCCGGGCGGAAAGCGUCAACUUUGCUCCCGCUGCGCUAAACGAAGUUGGCGCUUUCCGACUACGUCGAGCAGAAAAAUAGUAUGCGCACCAAUUUUACACGCGGCACGCAAUUUCCUACUUUUCUUCCCUUGGGACACAAUAGUACAUUACGAUACAAGUGCGAAAACUAGGAAAUGUGAAACGAGUGGCGAUAAAUUAAAACACCUAUUCGCACAUGUAUCGUACAACGUUUUACAGUACAUAUGGCCCUUUAAAUGUUCGACACAGUAACGUAAUAUGCUACUUUUCGCACUAGUGCGGUAAAGUAGCACCAUAUGUACUGUAAAUAACUAUUUCAUCACACCAACUGGUAAAGGCCCUCUUGUUGAUCAAAAACGAAUGAGGAAGUUGCAUUUCCCGAGCAAUUUGCAAUUUUGAGUUGUUUCCUUAUGCUAACUAUAGAAUUGAUUUUGAAUGAUGACUUUUUUUAUACGUGCUUUUGAUUUGUUCAGAUGUUUUUGGUAUUUCAGUCAGUAUUUUCCUCGCGUUGGUGUGGUGAAAAAAAUUGUGUUUUACUCGGAGACAAAGUUUAUUUAACCCUCGUGCUUUGAAAGCCUCGCCACGCUCAAGAUUCUUUCGAUUGCUCGGGUAUCAAUAUUAGCACGAGCGGUUAAACAACUUUGCCCCCUUGUAAAACAAAUAACUAUUUAUUUUCAUAGGAUAGUUAACUAGAGUGCUCACUCAACAUAUAGAUAAAAACUCAUAAGUUUAAGGCGAGCUCUGCGAAAACUAAUUUGUAAUAAAAUUUAAGCUUUAUAAGAUUUAAGAGAGUUUAAAACUUAUUAACUUUUUUUUUCACCAAUGACAAAUAUAUCCGCACCGUAGGUCCGACGCCGAAGACGGAUUAAUCCGUCACGCACCACAGACCAACAUAGACCAUACAUGCAUAUGCAUAAAGUUUAAUUUCAGUUGAUUCAUUGACGCUUCGUUGAAGCAGCGUCCGAGUGACAGCUUUUGUGUUUGACAUGGCGUCGAAAAGAAUAAUAAUACGUUUAACUAAGGGUUGACUAGGAGACCUUAAAAAGGGCGUUAACCCUUUUUCCAGGCAUAGUACGAUUUAUCGACCACAUACGCGCCAUUAUAUUUUCAACUUUAUUAUUCCGAUUUAAGGUUAAAAUUAGAUUACACUUUCAGGAAAUGGUACUAGUCUUCAAAUGAAUCAAAGCUGGAUUAAUUGGAAUAUAUUUGGAUUUUUUGGGAAAACCUUGUAGAUUGGGCCUGGAAAGGGGUUAAGUCAAUGCAAGUCCAACUAUCCUAAAGCUUUAAAACACGGUGUGAGAACUUGCAUGCAAUAUCCGAUACAUUGCUAACUGGGCGUUUUCUAAAAUAAACAUUGAAAACCUGAUUCUUACAAAUCGGGACUUUCUUGGGCUCAUUCUACUCUGAAUCGUUAGCAUUCUCCUCCUUCAUUUCAAAAAAUGUUCCAAAAUGUCCGUUCCAUUACGUCACGAUUUAGUGUGAAAAAAAUAUUCACUUGUAUGAGCGUGACUUAGUGGAAACUACAAUUUCCAUACAAAUAUUUGGGACAUUUUUUUGCAUCAAGAUUGAAUAUGCUGAGUUCUGAGUUGAAAGAACCCAAAAACACCAGGAUCUGUGAAAAUGAUGCUCUUCAUUUUUUUUAAAAAGCUUCACUACAGAGUACAAUGAAUUCAGUCAACCAACCAAAUACUGUAAGGAAAAUCGCAUGCAAGUUCCUUGAUCCGUCUAAAUAUUAAAAACAACAACAUAUGUUCAACAAUUUAUUGAAUUUUAUAGAAACAGUAACACAUCCCAUAAUAUAAAUUAAAUAAAAAUAAAACCUAAUUGUAUCCUUUUUCAACCGAACUUAAAACUAAAAUUAACAUAAGUCUAAUUAUCUUGACAUAAAGUUAAUAAAAUAAUUUGACGGUUUUCACCAUGGGAAAACUGUAUAUUAUGUAAAAUACAAAUUAUGCAAAUACCUCAGUCAUACGCCAACAACUUUACUAAAUAAGUAUUUUCUGAAUACUAUAGUCGUUGAAGUCUUUCGAACAAAAUGACCACUUUAGGACGAUACUUAAAGCUUGGCGAAGGUUAGAAAUAACUAGUUACAAUAGUUGAAGGGUUAUCCAUUAAUUACGUCACAGGUUUAGGAGGGAGCGGGUCAAGAAAAUGUGACAUGUUGUGACAAGGAGGGGGAGAUAUAAACUUUGUGACGUCAUCAGUAACCGAAAAUGUAAUUAUAUUUUUUUUAUUUGCAUUUCGCACGUACAGUUGUACAGUUAUAAUGAGUUUUUGGAACGAAAAACGUUUUUACUCGUGUAAUUUUCUUUCCUAAUUGGUUUUGUGUUAUAAAAUUACUAAUAUUUCUUUUAUCAAUAAUAUUUUUUUUGUAUUGCCGAUUUUAUUGAAAACAGACUUGUCAAAAAUGUGACGUCACACUAGGGAGGGAGGGUUUUGCAAAAUGUGACCAAGUGUGACAAGGAGGGGGAGGGGGUCGAAAAACCUAGAAAUUCGUGUGACGUAAUUAAUGGAUGACCCCCUAAUGAAACACAAUAGUUUUCUGUCCUAUUUAGCUAUGUAAUCGAAUUGUAUUAUUUUAUUGUUUUGUUUUGAUAUUUCACAAUAUCUGUUAAUAUUUGUAACUAAGUUUAUUUGUAAAUAUAAUAAAUGACAUGCGAUUGA